CCGGACGUAAAACUGUGUUUUAAAGUCUUACAAAUGAGGGCAACGAUUUUUCCUGUACAUAAAUAGAUGUAUUUGAAUGCAUUUGUGUCAAAUGGCAGCAGUGGGAACAUGGUCUUUCUCUCGCCCCGCAGUGGACAGAAUGAGAAGUUUGCUGCUAGCUGGACAAAACGCUACAGAUGUUGUAGAAACGGCAAUGGCAGAAGUUGAAGAUGACUUAGACACUGGACGACAUAUUGUUGGCAGAGGAGGAUUUCCUAAUGCCUCAGGAGUAGUUGAAUGUGAUGCUGCUAUUAUGGAAGGUUUGCCAGGGAGAUUUGGGGCAGUAGCAGCACUGCGAGGUAUCCCACAACCAUGUCGUGUAGCUCGCAAAGUAAUGGAGAAGAGUCCUCACAGCUUGCUUGUUGGGGAAGGAGCAGAAGCAUUUGCUCAGAAUCUGGGUUUUACAUCAGAGCCCAAUGAGAAAAUGCUGUCUGAUCACACUACCUCUGCUUAUCAGGAAUUUCUUGAAAAAAAGAAACCGAUUAAGGGUGGCUUUGAUACAAUAGGCCUUAUAGCUCUUGAUUUAAGUGGUAACAUAACAGUAGGAGUUUCCACAUCAGGAGCUCCAUUCAAAUUACCGGGACGGGUGGGAGACUCUCCACUUCCAGGCUGCGGUCUGUAUGCUGAUCACACAGUGGGUGCUGCAGCAGCUACAGGAGAUGGAGACAAAAUUAUGUGUUACUGUCCAAGCUUUCAUGUUGUGCAGCUGAUGAAACAAGGCUCAUCUCCUAAUGAAGCCUGCCAUGCUGUGCUCGCCGACAUACAGAGGAGACUGGGUUGCAAUCAGUGCUUUGAAAUUGGGCUUAUUUCUUUAAAUUUAAAGGGAGAAGUCGGAGCUGCGUCCUCAGUUGAAUUUCCAUACACCUUCUGGAACCAAGAGUUGGAUUCAGUGAAGGAGCUGAUUAUCAAUCAACAAAAGUUCUGAAAUGUUUAAUUACACUCACAGAUUGAGUAGCCAUGUAACAAUGCUUCUUGUAACGUUUUCAGUUUUAAAUUCUUUGGCACUGUUCAUUAUUCUUUAUCACAAACAAAGGUUUAAUUUCUACUCAUUAAUUAGGUGAUUAUGAAACGUCUCUUAAAGUCCACAUGAACUGGAAGCUGCGACCUUUAUUUUUUAGUAUUGUGACGCAGUUCCUAGAGAAAUGAAUAUUGAAUGAGAAAACAGUGGGCGUGGCUUGUUUUUUCUACUGUGUGCUGAAUAGAUGUAGUAAAGUAGGCAUUUCAUUCAGAAAGAUCAGGAAAAGGCAAUAGUAUCUGGAUGCAGCCUUUAUGAUGCAAGCUGAGAUUGCAUCACUCAGCGAUGCAAUGUCAGACACAAUGCACUCAAUAGAGUGAGUGUCGUCACUGACGGGUAGGGUUAGGGGUGGGGUGAGCGCAUUAAAAAGCAUUGGAUGCAGCUCAGAUUGCACUGCACCAGGUCUGCAUCCAGGCCCCUCUCUGAAAAGGGUUUGAGGAGAGUUAUUACAACCUAACAGACUCCUGCUCACCAUUUCUGUUUGUUGUCAAAACUGACAGCUGGAGCGGCAUGGUUAAAUAUGUUAGCCACACCUAAUUCCUAAAAUUUACAUAAUCAGACAAUUAAUCUGAAAACAAACAGGAAGUGCAUUUUCAGAUUUCAAUUAAAGAUUAGAAGGGCAAACGUUUUUUUUUCUUAAUGGCAUGCACAGAUGAAUUGUUAAUCACAAAGCGAGCAAUGUGAGCUACCAAAAUCAAUAUGGUUACUUUUGAUUCCCUGUGGAUAUGAAUAUUUAUGUUUAACAUUCAAUGCUUUGUAAGAUUAUUUUUAAUAAUCAAUAAAGUGAUUUAUGAUUAGUUCAGUCAUAUAUUUGACACGUAUUGAUCAGUGACUCACACUCAUAUUAGCCAAUGCCACGUUUCACAAAUGACGUAAUUUUUUACCCCUUAUGAUAGGGGGCAGGAUUGCUGCAGUCCUCAGCGUGAACGAUUCAAGCUUCUAUGAACUCAUUGUGAACGUUUUUGUUAUUUAAAAGUGGGUAUUGUAGUCUUUUCAACAUCUGUCCCUCAUUC